AUGUCAUCCGCUCCCCGUUUUCGAGUUCCGCCCUUGCAGCCGCCAGAGAUGCCCCAAGGGCGGGCAAUAGAAUCCAUCAGCGACACCACAUCCAAGGCUGGCACGGAAGAACGCCCAUCUCUUCUCUCGUUCGAUGAGAUGCCGAGAUGUUGGUCGUAUAUUCACAACGAGUCAGUCAACAUCUAUUCCCACCUCAUCCCGGCCAUUUUCUUCCUGCUCGGUGAUUGGUAUAUCCAGCAGUACCUUGCCAGCAGAUACUCCGGGUCCACUGGUGCCGAUUCCAUUGCCUUCUCUAUCUUCAUGCUGACGGCUGUUACAAGCCUGUCGUUGUCGGCGACGUACCACACCUUGAUGAACCACUCUCAACACGUGGAACAUUUCUGCCUACGACUGGACAUGCUGGGUAUAGUGAUCUUUAUACUGGGCGACCUUGUCUUGGGAAUAUACAUUAUUUUCUGGUGUGAAUCCUUGCUACACACUAUCUACUGGUCUUUGAUUGGAGCUUUCGGGGCGUUGACCAUCUUCAUGACAAUGCAUCCCAAGUUCCAGGGUUCAAAACAUCGCCUCUUCCGAGUGUUGAUGUUCGUGGUGACUGGCUUGUGCGGCGUUGCACCCUUGAUCCACGGACUCAUUGCGUUCGGCAUGUCACAAAUGAUGAGAAAAGCCUUCCCCUCUACUCUGGCAAAAGCAGGCUGCCUUCUAUCUGGGAUUUUGUUUUAUGCAGUAAGUCCCCUAAUUUUGCAUACAGGAGGGAAUUUGACCCUGAUACCUGUCGCUCUGAAGACUAGAUUUCCCGAAAGUCAAUAUCCUGGAAAAUUCGACCUAUUGGGCUCCCAUUCGAUUUUUCACAUCCUGGUGGUAUGCGCCGCUGUGGUCCAGCUGAUGGGGUAUCUGGAUGCUUUCGACUAUGCGCAGGUAAAUCUUAUUUGCUCAUUGUAA